UACUUACCUACUUCUCAAGGGUUUCUGCCAAUUUCGGACAAACAAUUAUUUAUCUAAAAUAAGCUAAAUGAGAAUGACCCGUCCGCUACCAUUGACCUAAAAUCCGCGCAUAAGCAUGCAAAUCCAUCCAAAUCUGUCACCUGUGCGAAUCGUCAAAAAUUUAUCGUCUCCGAAUUUACCGUUUGGAGUAGCUGUCCCCUCGGCCACGACUCGCCAAGAGUCCGUCGAAACGUCGAAUAAACCGUCGGUGAGUCCGGCUGUUAAUGAGAUGAUGUUGCAGAUGUGAAGAGGAGGGCGAUGGCGAAGUGGAGUUAGUAUGGCUCGAUCCGUCGUGGUGUUCGCCUCGAUCGCGACAUGCUUGGCGCUGGCUGCAGAUGAGCGCCAGAAGCGGGCCGGCGACCUGGACCGCGGACCCCCUACAGCCCAGGCCCGCCGUCUGGAGAUGAGCACCGAGUUCUUCCUGGUGCCGGCGGCGAGCGGCGCCCCCGCGACCGUGACCGCGUGCGCGGGCUGCCUGGACCGCAUCGGCGGCGUCUUCCGCAACGAGGCCUGGGUCAUCCCCGUGCUGACCCUCUCGGCCGUCACCAUGGCGCUCAUCAUCGGCUUCGAGGUGUUCGUGCUGUGCAAGGCCUGGCGCACGACGCCGAGCCGCCGCCACCUCUUCCUGGGCCAGAUGCUGCUGCUGGGGCUGUUCACCUGCGCCGGCCUGGGGGCGGUCUACGCCGCCGCCCCCACGCAGCUCACCUGCGCGGUGGUGCGCUUCGGCACGGGGGUGGCCUACGCCGUGGUGUUCGCCUCGCUGCUGGUCAAGUGCGUCUUCCUCAUCAGUCUCAACGGGGGCGUGUACCUGCCGGCGCCCUACCAGGGGCUGCUGCUGCUCUUCGCCAUCCUCAUCCAGGUGGCCAUCGGCGCGCAGUGGCUGCUCACGAGCCCGCCGCUCGUCGACAACGUCACGUUCGAGGCCGUGCCCAGCAAGCACCGGCUCCUGGUGACCGCUGAGGACGUCGCCCACCCCACGGUGUUACCCUUGUGCCGAACCGCUUACGUCGACAUCCUCCUCUCGCUGAUCUACGUGAUCUUCUUGAUUCUAUUCGUGACGGUCCUAGCCGUAAAGUCCCGCGGGAUCAGAGACAAUUAUCGGGAAGCGACCUAUAUCGGACUUUCUGUUGGAUGCAGCAUUCCCACGUGGUUAGUGUGGAUCUUGAGUGGGUUCGUGGUCAGCGAGAGACACAGAGACGCCUGCAUUGCUUUCGGACUAGUUAUUUCUUCGGCGUUGGUGUUCCUCAUCAUGUUUAUGCCGAAAGGAAGACAGCUAGCCGCCAUGGGCAAAGAAGGCGUCUACGUCGAGGACAGAGAAGAACGUUUUAGUUCUUUGAGUAGGGCAGGCUCGGGUUAUUCCCCGUCCUUUUUUCAUUUCAAACCCAUGAAAUAUGGGCUCGGCCAUGGCACCUCGCAUAAACAUCAGCACACCGUCACCACCAUCGGAGGAGAUCUGGCCUUGUAUCCGCCACCGCCGAGUUAUACUCGUCUGUAUCAAUAUCAGUGCUACCCCAGCCCACCGGGGUACUACUCCACACGGUACCUUCCAGGUGGUGUGUUUUUGCGGCCUGACGACGGCAACGUCUACACAACUCUAGAGCCGACUCUAAGUAGUAACCCCAAUGUGUAUUUCCAGAGAGGAAAUGCUGUACAUCCCGGGAUGAUGUAUUAAUAAACAUUUUUAAUUAAUAGUGUUAUUUAGGUCCUAUUUAUUGCUUUUUGCGCUCGAUAAGCUGCGAAGAGUGAUCUCUGAUAAACAAUUAAAUGAGUUUUGUCAUUGUACAAAUCGAUAUAUUUCCGUAGUGAUUAAUGUUAGCCAUUUUACUUAAUUAUGCAAUAGCCAUUUUUUGUAAAAUAACAACGAAUGACUGAUCAAUUUACCAUAUUUUAAUCUCAUGUAUUACCUUGUAAGUAUAGCGAGUAAGUGUACAAAUAUUUUAUUGUGAGAUAAAUAGUUUAUAGUGUCA